UCAGAACUACAACUCCCCUCAUGCAGUGUACCCGGCAGUAGACGUCUGUCUGUGUGUCUGUGGAUGAACAGUGUGCUCUGGAGAUGGACGCUCACGCUGUGAAGGCCAUACUGUUUGACUUGGACAACACGCUCAUUGAAACAAGUCGGGCAGGUGGAGGAGCGAUAAGGAAGACCAGUGAACUUCUGAAGACCACACUGGCCCUUGACGACAACACCAUCAGCAGUAUUUGUGACAAGUUCAAGCAGAAGCUUCUCCAGGAGAGCUUUGACCCCUCAGCUGGCAGAUCCAUUGAUGAGGUCCGUGUGGGUCACUGGGAGGAGAGCAUCCAGGAGGCUGUGGGCAGUUGUUCGCCAGCAUCAUUGGCGGCUCAGUGCUACUACCUGUGGAAAAAUAGUCGCCUGGAGGAUCUCAGUCUGUCCACUGAAAUAUGCAACCUCCUAAAACAACUGCGCGGCCGAUACAAGCUGCUGCUGCUAACCAACGGGGAAGCUCAGACUCAGAGAGAGAAAGUGAAGGCGGUCGGAUGUGAGGAGUUCUUCGAUGCCAUCGUGAUUGGGGGAGAACACGCUGAGCAGAAACCAUUCCUCUCCAUCUUCGCAUUGUGUUUCAGCAUGCUGAAGGUGGAGGCCCAGGACUGUAUUAUAGUGGGAGACUCUCUGGACACAGAUAUUCAGGGGGGCUUUAAUGCCAAAGUACGGGCUACGGUUUGGAUCAGCAGUGCAGGAGGUGCUUUGUUGGAUGGUUCAGUGACACCAGACUACACUAUCCCUACUGUGCUGGACCUGCCACAGAUCCUGCAACAACUGAAAUAAGAACAACUGGUGAUUCAAACCAUGUGUGAAGCAUGUGAAUGGGGAGGACUGUCCAUUCAAGUGGGAAUUUGUAAUCAUGGAAAUGUUAAAGGAUGAAUGUCCUGAUACAUUUUCUAAUUUUCAACAAUGGUACUAUGUACUUGUUUUGUGCAUUCUGCUAAGAAUCUUACACACAAACUAUACAUUUGCAUAAGUAUCUCAACAUUUCACUAACAUAUAUUUAUAAUCUACUCUCCUACAUUUCACAAGGAAGCGGUUCUUAUUUCUCCACUACAUUUGUCUGUCAGCUAUGGUAACUAUUAGGGCUAAUCAAUAUGGCAAAAAUCUUCUGUUCCGAUUAAAGUUGUUUCAUAUCUCAAUAACAAUAUAUAUCAAGUU